ACAUAUAAAGAGACAAACUGGCGCUCUUCUCUCCUGUAUAUGUUGCUGCGUCCUUCUUUCCUUGCACGGCGAGUGGGAGAGAGAGAGAGAGAGAGAGAGAGAGAGAGAUGUGUACGUUAGAGAAGCGAGGCAGCCUCUUCAUCUUGACACUGACAGGCGAUGACCAGCAUCGCCUAAACCCAGCCCUAAUUGACUCCAUCAAAGCCGCUCUCGAUCGAGUCCGAUCAGAUUCUUCUUCCAACAACUCCACAUCCCCUUGCUCCGCUCUCAUCACCACCGCCCACGGCAAGUUCUUCACCAACGGCUACGAUCUCGCUUGGGCCAAAUCCGGCGGUCCCGCCUCCGCCACCAAGGACCGCCUCCUACUCAUGUCCUUCAAGUUCCGUUCCCUCAUCACCGACCUCAUUUCUCUUCCCAUGCCCACCAUCGCAGCCGUCACAGGUCACGCCUCCGCCGCCGGCUUCCUCCUCGCUCUCUGCCACGACUACAUUCUCAUGAGGAAGGACCGAGGCUUUCUGUACAUGAGCGAGCUCGAUAUCGCCCUUCCCAUUCCGGCUUGGUUCACCGCUGUGCUCCGGAGCAAGAUCGGCUCCCCCAUGGCUCUGCGCGACGUGCUGCUGAGAUCGGCGAAGUUGACGGCUCAGGCGGCUGUUGAGAGGGGGAUCAUCGAGUCGGCGCACGAUGGCGCGGAGGAGACGGUUGGGGCUGCUGUGAAGUUGGGGGAGGAGCUGGUGGGCAGGAGAUGGGAUGGACACGUGUACGGCCAGAUAAGAAUGGUUGUGUUUGAUGAUUUGCUGAGGGCCGCCGGAUUUGACGAAUCCGUGGAAGAUCCGAAUCACGUGAAUAAGGUUAUCUCAAGACUUUAAUAAGCCUAAUUGGGCCUUUCACUUGUCUGGACCCUGAUCCUUAACUACUGGUCCUUGGUUGGACUUGUUGAUGGCGCUUUGGGCUCUGUGUUCGUAGAGUUUGGUUCCGUGCUUAAAAAAUAAAUGUAAAAUGUGGAGUUGUUGUGUAGUUGUGGGGUGAAAUUGAACUGUUGUUAGGCCCUGCAUGUUUUUUUUUUAUUAUUUUGGGUUAAAAAAUAAAAACCCCUUUAGGGGAAAUGCUAAUUAUUAUCACCCAAAUGUGGAAAAUUGUAUUAAAAUAUAUAUAAAUAUAAAAUAUCUUUGGGGCA